AUGGCUGCUUUGAGCUGUUCUCGUUUGCGGUAUUUGGGUCCUAAUCUUUCUUCACCCACUUCGCCUUCGUCACCUGCUUCGCCUUCUUCGCCUGCUUCACCUUCACAUGCUUCGUCUUCUUCACCUGCUUCAUCUUCUUCACCUGCUUCACCUUCACCUGCUUCGCCUUCUUCACCUGCUUCGCCUUCUUCACCUGCUUCAUCUUCUUCACCCACUUCACCUUCACAUGCUUCGUCUUCUUCACCUGCUUCGCCUUCUUCACCUGCUUCGCCUUCUUCACCUGCUUCGCCUUCUUCACCUGCUUCGCCUUCUUCACCCUUCGCCUUCUUCACACCUGCUUCGCCUUCUUCACCCUUCGCCUUCACCUACUUCGCCUUCUUCUUCACCUGCUUCGUCUUCUUCACCUGCUUCGCCUUCUUCACCUGCUUCGCCUUCUUCACCUGCUUCGCCUUCUUCACCUGCUUCGCUUCGCCUUCUUCACCCGCUUCGCCUUCUUCACCUGCUUCGCCUUCUUCACCUGCUUCGUCUUCUUCACCUGCUUCGCCUUCUUCACCUGCUUCGCCUUCUUCACCUGCUUCGUCUUCUUCACCCGCUUCGCCUUCUUCACCUGCUUCGUCUUCUUCACCUGCUUCGUCUUCUUCACCUUCGCCUUCUUCACCUGCUUCGCCUUCUUCACCUGCGUCUUCUUCACCCGCUUCGCCUUCUUCACCUGCUUCGCCUUCUUCUUCACCUGCUUCGCCUUCUUCACCUGCUUCGCCUUCUUCACCUGCUUCGCCUUCUUCACCUGCUUCGCCUUCUUCACCUGCUUCGUCUUCUUCACCCGCUUCGCCUUCUUCACCUGCUUCGCCUUCUUCACCUGCUUCGCCUUCUUCACCUGCUUCGUCUUCUUCACCUGCUUCGCCUUCUUCACCCGCUUCGUCUUCUUCACCCGCUUCGUCUUCUUCACCUGCUUCGUCUUCUUCACCUGCUUCGCCUUCUUCACCCGCUUCGUCUUCUUCACCUGCUUCGCCUUCUUCACCUGCUUCGCCUUCUUCACCGCUUCGCUUCUUCACCUGCUUCGCCUUCUUCACCUGCUUCGUCUUCUUCACCCCUUCGCCUUCUUCACCUGCUUCGUCUUCUUCACCUGCUUCGCCUUCUUCACCUGCCUUUGAACUACGUAUCAGUCUCCUCCCUGGUAAAGGCCAAGUCAUAUUUCAUUUCAGUAGAGGGCGUGGUACUGGCGGCUCACUGUGUAGGAUCACCUGA